AUACCAUAUUAGACAUUUUGAGAGAUGGAAAUGAACUUGCAUCUUGGACGCGUUUUAGUGCUCAUUUUAAUGGGUAAUCACUUGUGAACUCAAAGCUUGAAUUGUCAAUACUCAGAAAAAUCUCAGCUUUUUUAGUUCCAGAGUGGCGAGAUCUUCUACCAUUGGACGAGAGGCGCAGAGAUGGGGUGCUGAGAGGCUCUAGUUUUGUGUUACUGUGUAUAAUUCAAAACAACGACGUCACUCUCCUUUUCCCCCCCAAAAUUUCUCUUACAAAGUCUCUCGUUCCUUUCACCAAACAAACGCGUUUCUAUCCCGAAUUUCUAUUUUUUUUUUCACCUUUUACUUUGAUUCCUAAACAGUUCUAGUUUCUUUGGUUUAUGUAUUCUUUUCAUCGAUAAUGCCCAUCAGGGUCGCAGUCUAAAUUUGGAAGAAGCCGCUCCCAUGAUGAAGAUGCCUCAUUUGGCUGACUUUAGGGUUUCGGGUCGAUAACCCAUCUCGAUUUUUGCUUUGUAUCCUUCGGAUUUUGGUUUUCCAUUGUGGAUUUGGGUUGAAGUUUUCAUCGGCAGCUUCGCCAAAGUCAAUGGCGUCGAAGGUUUCUUUGCCUUCACCUUCAGCCGAUAGAUCGGAAUUGCACGAUGAUCCCCAGGUGCUUUGCUAAAUUUCCCAACAGCAUCUGAGAAGUUUUAGUAUCAAUUUUUGGUGUUUCUACGUUACUGCGCACUACAAAAUGAGCAAUGUUUGUAAUUUGGGGAUCGUGGUGACAAUGAAACCACAAGGACAAGAUCCUGCUCCUAAGGAGAUCCUAUCAGUCAUUGAUUUUCUAAAGAAGCAAGUUGCCGGUGAACGUUGUAACUCCAUACAGAAAAGAAUGGAAGAAAACAAGCAGAAGUUAGUCGACAUCACCACUCACUUGCUGAAAUCAUCAGCAGAAAGAAGGAUAAGAAGGUUACAUGAUUCAGAUAAGGGAGUGGAUCUAUUGACAAAGAGGCAGAAAGAUGCCCUUGAUAUGCAGAAUGGUAUAGAUGUAAGUGAUGGGGAAAAUGACCAAUCUCAAGAAGAUGGGCAUGCAUCUUCUGCUGUUCUUCUUGGAUCUAAUGUUGCAGUUAGAAAUGCUGUACGACCUAUUAAGCUUCCUGAAGUUAAAAGAUUACCUCCUUAUACUACAUGGAUAUUUUUGGACAGAAAUCAGAGAAUGACAGAAGAUCAAUCUGUGGUUGGUCGGAGGAGAAUAUAUUAUGGUCAAAGUGGAGGCGAAGCCCUUAUUUGCAGCGAUAGUGAGGAAGAAGCAAUCGAGGACGAGGAGGAAAAGAGAGAUUUCGUGGAAUCUGAAGACUAUAUACUUCGAAUGACGAUAAAAGAAAUCGGUUCAUCUGAUCUGGUGCUAGAGUCACUUGCCAGUUGUUUUUCUAGAAGUCCUGGUGAAAUAAUGGCAAGAUAUGAAGUGCUUACCCAGGGAGAAACAGCUGUAGGGUGUUUUAAUAAUAGGAUCAAUGAGGAGACCUCACGUAUGGGAAGUUCUGUUCUUGAUAAAGAUCUUGAUUCAGCUCUUGAUUCGUUUGACAAUCUAUUUUGCCGCCGCUGCCUUGUCUUCGAUUGUAGACUACACGGUUGUUCCCAGGAUCUUGUCUUUCCUGCUGAGAAACAACCUAAAUGGGUAGUAGGUGAGGAAAAUGCACCCUGCGGUCCACUCUGCUAUCGAUCGGUACUGAAAUCAAACAAAAAUGAUACAGGGGGUUCUCCACUUUGCAGUGACUUGGAAGAAAAACAUCCCAUGUCCUCUGAUGUUACUGGCACCCAAAUCUCAACAAAAAAGAAAUCUUCUAAAGCUGCUCGAAGAAGGGCAAAAUCCUAUCAAAGUGAAAGUGCCUCAUCAAAUGCAAAGAACUUAUCUGAAAGCAGCGAGUCAGAUAACGAACCCAGGCAGGAUGGGAAUGCUAUUCAUCUAUCACCAUCACCACAUUCUAAGAUAACUGGAGCAGGUGGAAUACGAAAAAGGAACAGCAAGCGUGUUGCUGAGCGUGUUCUCAUUUGCAUGCAAAAGAGGCAGAAGAAAAUGGCUGCGUCCGAAUCAGAAUCUCUAGCCAGUGUAGGUCAUUGUUCAAAUGAUGUGAAAUUAAAAUCUAAUUCUUGUAAAGAAAAUGACGAUACUAGUUCUUCGUCACGUAAGAACAUUAGAUCUCCUACACCGGGAAGGUCCAGGAGGAGGGAAUCCCUGACUCAGAAAUGCAACAAAUUUGAGCAGAAUGAAACACUUCUUAAUUCAUCAAAUGAGAUACUUACUCAUCUACCAGCUGACAGUUGUGAUGACAACUCGAGGAAGGAAGAGUGUGUGGAUGAAAAUAUAUGCAAGCAGGACCUGGCAGAUGAUAAAUCCUGGAAAGCUAUUGAAAAAGGUCUUUAUGAGAAGGGUAUUGAGAUUUUUGGUAGGAACAGCUGCUUGAUAGCAAGGAAUUUACUAAAUGGGAUGAAGACCUGUUGGGAAAUUUUUCAAUACAUGAAUUAUUCUGAGAAUAAGAAUUGCAGUCAAGUAGGUGACGGGUCAAAUCCUCAUCUUGAAGGUUAUGCCAAGGGUAAUAACGAGGUGAGAAGAAGGUCGAGGUUCUUACGUAGAAGGGGUAGAGUUCGUCGACUUAAAUAUACUUGGAAAUCAGCUGCUUACCAUUCAAUACGGAAGCGAAUAACUGAAAGGAAAGAUCAGCCGUGCAGACAGUAUAAUCCUUGUAAUUGCCAAACUGCAUGUGGAAAGCAGUGUGCCUGUCUCUUAAAUGGCACCUGUUGUGAGAAGUACUGUGGGUGCCCUAAGAGUUGCAAGAACCGUUUUAGAGGAUGUCAUUGUGCUAAAAGUCAAUGUCGUAGUCGUCAAUGUCCUUGCUUUGCAGCAGAUCGAGAAUGUGAUCCAGACGUUUGUAGGAACUGUUGGGUCAGCUGUGGUGAUGGUUCUCUUGGAGUUCCCAAUCAAAGAGGUGAUAAUUAUGAGUGCAGGAACAUGAAGCUUCUUCUUAAACAACAACAAAGGGUGUUACUUGGAAGAUCUGACGUAUCUGGUUGGGGAGCAUUUCUAAAGAAUAGUGUUGGCAAACACGAAUAUCUUGGCGAGUACACCGGCGAGUUAAUUUCUCACAGGGAGGCUGAUAAACGAGGAAAAAUAUACGACCGUGAAAACUCGUCGUUUCUGUUCAAUUUGAAUGAUCAGUUCGUUCUCGAUGCAUACCGAAAGGGCGAUAAAUUAAAAUUUGCCAAUCAUUCUCCAGAUCCAAACUGCUACGCCAAGGUCAUCAUGGUUGCAGGAGAUCACCGAGUUGGCAUCUUUGCCAAGGAAAGAAUCAGUGCUGGCGAGGAACUGUUCUAUGAUUAUAGAUAUGAGCCCGAUCGAGCACCUGCGUGGGCUAGGAAGCCAGAGGCAUCAGGGUCGAAAAAGGACGAUGGUGCUCCUUCGAGUGGUCGAGCUAAGAAACUCGCAUAAUUUAACCAUUCAUUUGGGACUUGGGAAGGCUUGAAAUGUAGUGUAAUUCUUUCAUAGACAAAAGGGUGAGUCCUCAUUGAUGGUAGAUCAUAGGUGUUAUUCUUGGAUCAAUUUGUGUAAAGGGAGAUGAUUUAGUUACCUCCAUAGGAAAAUUUAGACUCAUUAUUUAUUAUCACCCUUUUGAUUAGAGAACACAUUGAAGUCAGACUUGUGUAACCAACUUACAAUUUGACUAACACCCUGAUUUGUUAAUUGUUAAAGCAAGCACAGCUGGGCGAAUUCAAACCCAAAAAUUUCUAUUUUCU